CUCCUCCUCCUCCUCCUCCUCCUGUAUUUCCGUAAUCUGGCAGAGUCGCGCGUGUGGAGAGACGGAUGAUUAUUUCCACAGAGGAAAGAGGAGGAGAAGGAGCGCGCGCUGCAGACACACCUGAUCAGCCUGAUCGAUAUAUUAUAUUAGAAUAGAGACGCGGAGCUGCAGGUCGUCCUGUGCCACGCGCGGCUUUAAUUGGACGCAAGAGUGUCUCUCUGGACCGGACUGGAAGUCUUCUCUUCGGUCCGCAGAGCAAAGGCAUGAACCCGUCCAGCUCUCUGACGGCUGCUGCCGGAAGGACCGGCUGCUGAUGAAGAUGAUGAAGGUGCUUCCUCAGCUCCACGCGCUCCACCAGUGACCCGCGCCGGUCUAAGAUGCCACGGGGCCCCGGCGCUCGGCACGCGGCUCGGAUCGAGAAUAACCCGGGAUAAUAAAACACAAAAAGACACAAAAGCGAAACAAAAGAAGAAAUCCACCUCCUCGGGGAGUCGCCCCGAACCGGGACAAGCCGGGAGGGAGAGCCCGGGAUCAGCGCGCGGUGCGCCGGGGAGCAGGGGCGCGCUGAGACGCUAAAACAGCCGCAGACAGGUCCGCAUGAUGCUGCUCCCGCGGCUUCCGGUCCUGUCGGCGCUCCUGGUCCUGCUGCUGGCCGCGGGACGCUGCACCGCGGCGGCCUUGCUCCGGGGCUCCGGCACCCGAGCGGACGGAGGUCUGGAGGGCCGCAGCAUGCUGGAGCUGGUCGGCCGGUACCCGAGGAGGACUGAGACGGCGGGGGGACUCACCGGACACGGAGUCAGAACCCCGGACAGAGACGGCAGGUCACAGCAAGGACCGGAGGGCCACCCCAGAGAUCCGCAGCACAAGGACAAGUUCCUCCACCACCUGACAGGUACGAGCGCCAGCAGCCACUUACAGACCCGCUCAUGCAGCCUGGGAGCAAACUGUGCAGGUCCUCUUUACUUCAACCCAAAGUGCAGAAAACAUUUCUACAGACUGUACCACAACACCAGAGACUGCACAAUACCUGCCUAUUAUAAAAGGUGUGCUCGUCUGUUGAUUCGAUUGGCCAACAGCCCUCGCUGUAUGGAGAGAUAAACGGACCGAGAGACGCCUCUGGACAGGAAGUGUCGCCGUGACCACGAGGAGGGUGGGGCAUCUUAACGAGGGCCGUCGACCGACAGCCAACAGAAACUACUCCGAGUUAUCUACUGCAGCCAGACGACGUUGCUGCGCGACCAGCGACCAGGAUGCGGUUUUCUGCUCGGCCCUCUCCUGAAUGACCCCCCCUGCUCUGCUGCGCUCUACUAAACUCAGCUCGGCGCCGACUGAAGAAGGACCUCCGCCGACAGGAGUGGACGGAAACCAGCAUUCCUUCGCGUUUUCUUUUCGCCAUUUUCUGCACAUUUUGUUGAAAUGUGUUUGGACGGAAACUCGACUCACGAUCUGAUCUCAAAAGACUAAAGCGUUGUGUAGUCUGAUUUUGGCGUUAGUCUACUCAUCUUGACUCAACUUCAUCCCACUCAGUCGUACUCAGUUUAGUUCAGCUCUGCUUGAUUUAAAUCCUCUUUUUACUGCUCGACUCUAACUCCUCCUCUUCCUCCUGUCACAGCUCAGGCCUCUAGUCGACUUGCCUUCACUAGACUCUAAUCUCUUCGACUACUCAUCCACAGUCUUGUUGUCAAAACAUCUUCUCUACUAGAUUCUUCCUCCCUCUCGCUCUGUCCUGCUGGACUCGACUCUGCUGAACGCCACACCGACCGGAGGCCCGUCUUCAUCGUCUCUUCUCACAUUCAGACUGAGAAGAAGCUGCAUUUCUGUUUUUCUCAGGUGAGCGUCCUCCUGAUGAUGCAGCUUCUGGAAAACAGCGAGCUGAAUCGAGGUGGAUCGCAGAUUUGAUCUGGAAACUUUCAUCUGGGGCCGAAUGUCUUCUUCUCGUUCUCGCAGGACAACAGUGUUUUGGUUUUUGUGUUAUUUUGGACGACGGACGCUUAAAACACGGAGGAAAUAAACGGACAAAUCCUCUGAUUAACAGCGUUUUGUUGCCUUUUGUUCUGCCGUCCUGUGCGACAGAAACAUCAGAGACGCUGAAUGUGUUUAAUGUUACAUGACGCAUAAUAAUAACUGAUAAUUAUAGUAAUAUUCCAGUGUAUUUAUAUUGUUUACGCUGCCGCUCCAUGUGCAAUAUGUACAUACUGAAAGAGGAAUAAAGACACACAUUUGAUAUA